CUUGUUGCACAUGGAAAGCUUGCAUUGGCUACACUCACAAGUCUUGAGAUAAAGGCAAGAGGGACUCUGGAUUCAAACGAACGUUCAUUCUCAGUAUUGGCUGUUUCUGCUAGUCCAAACUCUAGUGACACAUCCAUAUCUGGCAGCUGGGAUACUGGUGAAGAAACAUGGAACACACUUUUGAGUCCUAUCAAAAGCGCAGAAAGAAGGUUUCCGAGCCAACCAACUGUGCCAUAUAUGAUGUCAAUGUCGUAUGAUGGCUCUUGUGUUGUUUGUGCUUCUCGCCAUCAAUUUGUGAUUUCCAAAAUCAAGGAUACACCACCCAGCGAGUAUGAGCAGAUAGGACAAGGAUCUGGCUGUGAAGAACCCAGUGAAUUUAUAACAGCAUGUCUUUGCAUUUCACUCUAUGUUCCUUCUAAAUCUGGAAAUAACACCAUGUCAAUAGUGGUGGCUAUUGGCUAUAGUUCUGGAUACCUUCGUUUUUUUGACGAGAAAGGAGUAUUGAUCAUUUCGCAACAGCUUCAUAAUAGCAGAGUGCAGUCGAUCAGGGCUCGCACUGUUGUCUCGUUUGACAUUCAAGAAAGCGACGAGAUUCUUGUAAGCUAUAAAGAUAAACAUGCCAUCAGUAUUGAUGGGACAAGUCUUUGGAUGGCUGCACGUUUUGGACAAUUGUCAACCGAAGAUGCACCUGCUUUAUCUUACAAAAAAUGGAUAUUUCAAAGCCAAGAGCAAGUUGUUGAUAUAAUUAGCUGCGGUCCACUUUCUCGUUCAGUUUUUUCGCCCCCUCAGUUCAACAAACUGACAGGCGAGUAUGCUCCAGUGAAUUACACGGCCAGAUAUAUAGCUGUCGGUAAACCAAUGGUAGCAUUGUAUGCAACAACUGAAACCAGUCGAUCACUUUUUGCUGGAAUAGUGCCAAGUCGAGUCACUUCUGCAGUAACUAGUGCUGUUUUUUCAUUUGCAAAGACUUUGUGGAAUUCACCAAAUCAGCCAUCGAGUGUUGCAAACCAAUCGAAAGAACCAAGUCUCACUACCACUCCGGGCGUAGUAGUUCCUGCCGUAAUUGUUUUGAGCGAUUCAAAUCGUCAUAUUUUAUCCAUCACACAGGCUCCAAGCUCAGUCACAACUCCAAGGUCAUCACUAGCAGUAAUGUCUGACUCACUUGGUCGUGUUUUGGUAUUGGAUACAGACGAAGGUGAAAUUAUUCGAAUAUUCAAGGGAGUACGCGAUGCUCAAACAGCAUGGAUUCAAGUAUCCGAUCAAAGCGGUCGUAUUGACCGGCCUGUUUUGCUUGUACUGGCAAUAUAUUCUUCUCGUGGGGUUCUUGAACUGUAUCUGAUGCGAUUUGGACAACGAAUCUGCAUCGCUAAUGUUGGGACAGGAAUUCGUCUAGUUCAAACAACUUCGAGUAUUCUAGGUGGUAUGUAUUGGCGUCUUAACAAUCCAACUCAGAUUGGUGCACUGGCUAGUUGCUAUCUUGUGAGCUCAAAUGGAGAGAUGCGCAAAAUUGUUUUGAAUUACGAUUCAAUUAUAAAUUCCAAUUAUAAGACCGGUGAUACAACUUCAAUCGCGGAGUUGGUUUCUGAAUAUGAAAAUUUGGCAGAGUCUACAUCACGUACUGCUUUGCUAAGCAAAAUCAAAGAUAUGGUUGUCAAUCUAUCAUCGGCACCAUUGAAGUUUGUUGCGAUGGACUCAUUUUCAAAUGCUGUUCCUGUGGAGACGUAUUUUGAAAUACUUGAACACUUGGCAAAGCUGCUGGAGGUUGAAAAUCAAUCGCUUACUGAUGUUUUACAAAACAGUUUGACUCGUUCAAAAAUUCACCAGCAGAGCCAAGAUGUUACAAAUCGGAUCGAGACUACACUAAGGCUUCAUAUUCUUAAAGCAUAUCAAGCCAUCCAAGAGAUACACAUGUUUCAUACCACUAAACCUGUUUCAGAUACUGAAAUUUCUAAUUUUAUACAGGACGAGUUUUGCAAAUUGCAGUUUAUUUUAUCUGAAAAAACAGACUAUGCAAAGCUUUUGGCUUCGGCGACAAGCUCCAUUGGAUUUCGAACUUUUCAGUCAGCAUUUGUACUCAACAAACGUUGGGUUCCAAGCAUAAAUGAACAGCAUGCUGCUCCUUUAAAACUUAAUGGCGAUCUUACUUCCGAUAUAGUACGCGGAGUUGCUAAAUUUUUAUUAAAUCCUAUUUUGAGCAAUCGAUGUGCAAUAACGAGCAUGAUGUCAAGGCUACUGAUUGGUAGAGUAGAUUGGAUGACGUUGAUUGUAUCUCAGCUACAGAUACCUUGUGUAUCUACGACGUCUGUAAAUAUACCAAUGCUGCAAAGCUAUGCCAAUUUAAUCCAGAGCAUUGUGCAAAUUCAUGGUACUGUCCAUCUACAAGCCGUUGAGCUUUUGACAAACUUUGCCAUGUCAACCAAAUCGUACGCACUCGCUUUAUUCGUGUGUUUGUGUUUGCAUUUUCUAUUAGAUAAGCAUAAUGAUAGGCCAGAGCUGCAAAAUUUAAUUGCUUCCAAGAAUAAUUUGAAGCGUAUUCUUGUCAGUUUUGAGCAAUUUUUUUCUGGAUCUUUUGAAUAUCAGCUCCCAUGCGCAGCCAAGGAUUUUGAAAAGACUGAGAAAACCAGUUUAGCGUAUCUAGUAGCCCUUUCUCAACUCAAGAAAAUAAAAACUACCCCAGCAACCAUCAAGGAAACUAUUUCGAUUGUUAGAGAGUAUAUGGCGUCUUCUGGAUUAUUUGAAACAGAUCUUGGUUUGAUAUAUAUAUCAUUUUACUAUGCAGAUCAAUGGAUUGAAACGUCAGAGACGGAUGCACUGUCACGAGCGGUUUGUUUUGCACAGUCCGUCAGUUCAUCAAUAUUACAACAGGGAUUAUUGCUGGCAUUAUUCAACCAUUGUUUUUCAACCAAACUGAGGAAUAUCAUAGACAUGAUUGAAAAGGCGCGACGCGUACCAAAGGAUGUGAUGUGUGAGCGACUCUGUGGCAUGCCAGCUGCAAAAGUGUCUUGUUUUCUCGAAAUAUGUAUACAGCUGCUCGAGGCACUUGACAUUCCUGGAGAAGCUGCAACUUUAGAAGAUAUUGAAAAAUGUAUCUGUCAAUUGGUAUUUAAAGACUCAGUACUUACAUCUAAUGCACAACGUGAGUUUUUGAAUGGCGCAUGUGGCAUGAUGAUGCUUUCAUUAGGUGACAAGGAUCAGCAAUCGGGUGCACAAGAAAUUUGCAGGAGAUCAUUAGCUAGACAUAUUUUGAUGUCGAGUAUUUUACGCACUAUUUUCAUUUAUGACCUAAAGUCUAUUCGACCGUUGAAACUUUUUGAGCCAAAAGUAUUGUUUUGCGAUACACUUGUUGCUAGUCGUCAAUUGAUUUCAACCCAAAGCAUUGAAGGGCUAGGUCUUGCUGACGCAAAAAUAUCGGCAGAACGAGUAUCGUUUGUUGCAAAAGUAGCAGAAGUGGAUAUUCAUUCAGCAAAAGUGGUUGCAGGAGCAUUUGGGAUUCAAAGUGACCAUAUAGGAUGAUCAACGUUCCAUAUUGACUUUGGAAAUCAAAUAUAAUUAACCAAGUAUUCAUCUAGUUUUGAUUAUCAACUGAUUGUGUGAUGAAACAACAUUUUGGCAUUUACAUCAAGAUAUUCAAAUACUCCAAAUAAAUGCGGUAUCAUACUGU